AUGCUGAACUCAUCUAUUCCUUCAUCAAAAAAAAGAAUAUUAUGGACAGAAAAUGUAUAGAAUAUGUUUACAGUAGGAAGACAAACUCUUAAAGUAAUUAGUCCAUAAAUUCCAAAAUGAAAGGCUUGGCUGGAAAAAAAUAUCUCAAACUCUUAGAAAAUAAGGCUAUAAUAGAAAUACAAAGGCUUGUAGAGAGAGAUUUUUCAAUCACCUUGAUAAUUCAUUCAAUAAAAGCGAGCUCAGUACACAUGAACUUGAUAAACUAUUUGAACUCAUAAAAAUUCAUGGAAACAAAUGGGUAUAAAUUAUGAAUAAUUAGACUUGUGUUGCUUAAGAGCUUAAUCAUAGAACAGAUUAAGAUAUUAAGAAUAAAUUUUAUGCUCAUGUUAAAAAAGUAUUCAGGCGAUUAUUAAAAGCCACUUUUUAAACAACUGAAAGUAAAAACUAAUAUUUUUUAUAUAGGUUCAAUAAUUACAUCAAAAUUAUAACCUUUAUUGAUAUCAAGUAUAUUUUGUAAUGAAAAUGAGAUGGAUCAUAAGAAAAUUAAUAUUUAAAAUGAUAUGAAAGAGCUUUUUCAAAAUCUCAUUAGACAAAAUAAAUCAAUUUCUUAAGGAGAAUAAAUAAAUGAUGAAACUAGAGAAAAAGUUAGGCAAAUAUCAUCAUAUUUGGAUAAAGAAAAGUAUUAAAAAUAAUAAUUUUUAGUUAAAUAUACCUAUUAAAUAAAAUUACAAGAAAAGAAAAUAAAUAAUUGACAAAAAAUAAACAUAAUGGCCAAAAAGCAAAAAUUGUCUAUGAUGAAAUUCAUCAAUAAUAGAUUUUAAAAAAGAUCUAAAAGAAAUAACCCAUCUUUUUGUAUUAAUAAAAAAAAUUAGAAUUCACAUACAUAGAUUUUGAUACAAAUUUUGAGAAUGCAUUUAAUGAAUAUCAAUUUGAUAAAAUAUUUGAAAAUGGAUCUCUAUUCUAACAAUAAUAACUAAUUUCAAGUAUGCCAUUUAAUUGGCAUCAACCUUCUAUUAAAUUAGAUUCAAAUCAAGUAAAAUUUUAUUAAUCAAUAAUAGUAAUCUGAAUUAUCGUACAUUCCCAUUUCGACCAAUUCAUAUAAUUAUUCAACUAUUUGGAAUAUUUGA